GAGGAAAAGCACUGGCUGAAGCUUUAUGCAAAAAUACCACCUUAACAAAUUUAGAUUUACAACAUAAUAACUUAGGUGAAUCAGGAGGAAAAGCACUGGCUGAAGCUUUAUGCAAAAAUACCACCUUAACAAAUUUAGAUUUACAACAUAAUAACUUAGGUGAAUCAGGAGGAAAAGCACUGGCUGAAGCUUUAUGCAAAAAUACCUCCCUAACUAAUUUACAUUUUGGUGCUAAUAAUCUUGGUGAAUCAGUAGAAAAAGCACUGGCUGAAGCUUUAUGCAAAAAAACCACCUUAACUAAUUUGGUUUAA